GAUUUAUGUGUUGCUCCAGAUACAAUACAAAAUCGAAUUAUUCCAUUCUUUACACAUGGAUGUCAUCAUAAUAUAAGUCCAAUAUAUGUGACACAAAAAUAUCACCAUGUCCCAAUAAUUAUUCAUAAAAAUCUUACCCACUUAGUUAUAUUUAAUGGGGGCAGUAGUUAUCAAGAUGUAUCCAAGAUAGCUGGUCAUUAUACUGAUGAUGUUAAAAAUGCAUUAAUGGUUAUUAAUAAUUAUCUGUGUAAAGGUGAAUUUAUAGUAUUUGACCUUAAUAAAGCAGAGGACGAUCCACUUGCAAUCCGGUUGAGGUUUGAUAUCCCAUUAGAUUUGCAGAAAGAAAUAGAGUUACGUCAGAAGCAUAAGACAAAAAAUGCAUUACCUACGGAGCCCACGAAUUCUAAACCUGAAAAAUCAGCCAU